CUUUAUUAUGGAUUAUUAAUUAUGAAUUAUAAUAUUGAGGAAAUAAUUGAUAAUAUAUCUUCAUUAUCAUGUUCAAAAGACAAUAAUAAUAUCAAAUCCAUUAACUCCAGUUCAUUGGGCUCAUCCUGUGAUAAUGUUGUUAGGGGUAUAGCUAUUAGUGACAGUAAUAGUGAUUAUAAUAGUACAACAGUACCAACAAAAAAAAAAAGUCCAUUACUUUGUAGCAUUAACGGAUUAAAUAAUAGUAAUAGCAAUAUCAAUAAUAAUAGCAAUAAUAAUAGUAACGAAUAUUUCAAUGGAAGAUAUAAUUUAAUCCAUAGUUCUUUAUCAAUACCCCUCUCCAAAGAGAGUAAAAAUAUUAAUAAUAGUGCAAGCAAUGAUAACAUCAACUCAAACAAUGAUCAAUACAAUAAGUUAGAACAUCAAAAAUUAAUAUCAGACUACAGAAAAACAUUAAAAGAGAAAAGCUUCAAAAAUAAUAUUUCUAAAAUUCGACCUAUAAAUUCAGACGAUAGCCGAAAUACAAAUGACUCUUCAAAUUCUAACAAUACAAAUAAAGAUGACUCUUUUGACAACCAUAAUAAUACCAGUAAUGAUAGUAAUGGCAAUAGUAAUAAUAACAAUAAAAUCAACAGUGAUAGUGAUAAGAGCAAUUGUAAUAGUGAUAAUAAUAAAAAUAUAGUUUUAAGAAAAUCAUCGAGUAGUGCAAAUUUAGAUUCGCUUGAUAAUGCAAUAGAGUUAAUUGAAGCAUGUAAUGAUUUAUUUUCACAACAAAAGAUAUUACUCGAAAUGUUAAUUACACAAAAUUUUUUUCAAUCAAAUCAAUUAGACAAGAAAAAGGUACUUUCGUUUGCAAAGAAUAUUAUGUCAAGUGAACUAUUAAGCAUUCCAUCAACUAUUUUGAAAUCACAACAAUUUAAAACGAUUUAUUUAGACUACUAUAGAGAUUUAUUUUCCAGAGCAUUAAAUGAAACCAAUUUAAAAUACAAUCAAAUAAACAAUCUAUCAAUAUUUCAAAAUAAUCCUCAAAAUCUUUAUAAACUUGUUUUGCCACCAUCACUACCGCAAACAAACUAUAACAGCAAGGAUUUAAACGCACAAAGGUAUCAAAGAGAAUUUCGUGAAUUAAAAAAACUAGGCGAGGGUGGAUUUGGAUCUGUGUUUCUAGCAGAAAGUAUAUUUGAUCUUCAACUAUAUGCAAUUAAAAAAGUUAAUUUCUCAGUGUCCACUUCUUCCACUUCAAAUGCCCAUUCCAAAGUCGAAAAAGUUAUUAGAGAAGUUAAAGCAUUAGCAAAAUUAGAUCAUGUAAAUAUUUUAAGAUAUCACCAUGCUUGGUUAGAAUUAGAUACCUCAAUUGACAAAUCGAAACAAUUUGGUUCUGUAGAAGGUAGUAUGGGCACAGGUGAAGAUAAUUUCACAACAAAUAGUGAUGAUAUUGAUUCUUAUUCUUCAAAUAAUUUUUUAUAUAAUAACACUACUAUCAAUAAUAAGCCAAAACCUAUUAAAAAGAUUUUAAAUACAAACAAAAAAAAUUCAAUUUUAAUCCAAAAUGAAGAAUAUUCAGUAAGUUCAAAUUUUAAUAAAUCAAGUUUUGAUUUAGAAGAAACUCAAAGUAGAGAUAGUGACAAUGAACUCACUGAAGAACAAGAAGAAGAAGAAGAAGAAGAUAAUGAUGAUGAGGAUGAUGAUGAUGAAGAUGAUGAUGAUGAUGAUGAAGAUGAUGAUGAUGGGGAUGAAGUCACUGAAGAGGAUGAAGACGACUAUAGCGAUGAUGAAAAUAGCGAAGAGAAUGAAGCUAGUGAUGACAAUACCAAUGACCUGUCACUUUCAGUUAGUAAAUCAUUAAUACCGUAUAUACCGAAAGAAAAUAAAAAAUCAACACAAAAUAUACCGAGUCACCGUAACAAUAGUAAUAGUAAUAAUGGCCAUAACAAUAACAAUAAUAUAAGGUUAAAAUAUACAAUGUUUAUUCAAACUCAAUAUUGCGAAGAUAAAACAUUAAAAGAUUUAAUAGAAAAACCAGAAUUUAAAUCAAAGAGUAAAAGAGAAGUACUAUCAAUUUUUAAACAAAUUAUAAAAGGUGUACAUUAUUUACAUUCUAUGAAUAUGAUACAUCGAGAUAUUAAACCAGCAAAUCUUUUCCUAAAAGAUAAUAUCAUUAAAAUUGGUGAUUUAGGUUUAGUUAAAGACAUUACAGCAAAUUCUCCAACACCAGAUUCCAUUCACUCAAGUGGUAUCGGUUUAUAUACUGGGACCUAUUCUGACUCCUCAAUGUCAACAUUUUUUAAUAGUAGCAAUAAUAAUAUUUUUAACAAUAAUUCUAAAAGACCAUUGCAACUUACAAACUCAUUAAUCAGCAUCAACACUCAAGGUAUUGGUACUCUAACAUAUGCAUCACCCGAACAAUUAGCCGGUAAUAUUUAUACAAAUAAAGUGGAUGUCUAUAGCUGUGGUAUAAUAUUAUUUGAAUUACUAUCGGGUGGUUUUGGCACACAAUACGAAAGAACUGAAUCUAUUAAAAACUUAAAGAACCAAAUACUACCAAACUCAUUUUUAAAAACCCAUCCAGAUGAAUCAAUGCUAAUUUUAAGAAUGGUUGAUAAAAACUCUGAUAAUAGACCUUCUGCAAAAGAGUUAUUAGAAAAGGAAAUACCUCAUUUAUUAGAGAAAUCGUACCAACCUCAAGAAAACUAUGACAAUUUAGAUCAUCAAACUUUGGUAUCUUUGUUAAAGUCGAAGGAUAACGAAAUUGAAUCAUUAAAAAAAGAACUAUUGGCACUAAAGAAUAAAAUAAAAUAA